UCACCGCGAUAACAAAAACGCUGAACGGAUAAGAUAAGUUCCAGACCUCGGCACCUCCUAUGCGGUCGCAUGUACGGGUGCGCUUCGGCAAGAGAAGUUCCCGGUUAACAUUGAGGAUACAUAAUGCUGGUCCAUGCGGUUUCAGCGUCAUUGGUGCUGGUGUCUUGCAUCGUAUUUCAUUGCAUUGGAGCGCAGUCUGAUGAGGUUACAACAGCAUCAUCUUCGUCUAAUACAACCCAACGUUCAAGGAAAGUGUCCGCCGUCACUGUAACCAACGUGACAAGUUCCAAGGCCCUCAUCAAAUGGACGGAGAACGCGACAGUGGUCACGAUCAGACUGUGGGAAGAUGGUGACACUCGUGCAAGAUACUAUACGGAAAAAUUCAACACCGAGUUGUUAAUCGACGACCUCCACCCAUGGACACUAUACAGAAUCGAACUGAGCACUCAAGGAGGUUCCACAAACAUCAGCAUUGUAGUAGGCGAGCAGUCGUUCAAAACUCUCUGUGCAGCACCUUCAACUCCGAGGCACGUGGAAGUUGCCAACGUUACGUCAAGUUCCAUCACACUUCGGUGGCAGCCGCCGGAAUUUAAAAACGGACCGCUUGAAGGAUACAAUGUGUUCUUCAUGCCAAAGAACGACCACCAUCCUGGAAAUUCCUUCACGACGAAGGCCACAUCGGCAACGGUGGCGUCUCUCAUCUACAACACAGAGUAUAUCGUGCACGUGAAGGCGUACAAUAAAGUCAACGGGACUGAACACGGCAGCGAAGCAGUUGGAGUGACAGCUUCUACUGUAAUCGAAGCACCGACGAAAGUACGGAAACUACAUCUAGUAAGCCGUGGUGACGCAUCUGCCGUAGUGGGGUGGAAUCCACCCCUCGAAUCCAACGGGCCACUAGACGGGUACCGGGUGUUUUGGUGCUUGGGGGUCAACACGACACCCGAAGGUCACCAGCCGAGAGAGUGCAAAACGCAGUGGCUGAAGGGACACGUGACACGCGCGAAAGAAGUGGAACUGCUGUCCAGUGCAAACUACUCCGUUUACGUGUCCCCGUAUAAUUCCGUCAAAAACGGAACAAAUGGAACAUUCAUGCUCGUUGGCGAAGAGAUGAAAAUAUACGUAGAGACUCUACGAGAAGCUCCGCAAGCCGUGGAAAACAUCAAGGUCCACGUGGUGAGCCAAACUUCAGCCACAAUCUUGUGGGAGGCAGUACCUGAAGCCGACGGCUACAUUGUUGAGUGGUGCCAGGACGGAAACUGCACAGAGCAAGCCACCAACGAGACUGAAAUUACGAUCAAAGAUCUUCGCAUGGGUACAAGCUACAACGUGUCGGUUGUUGGGUUCCGCACGGAUCCCGAGGGAGAAAAACAGACGGGUCCGUUCCGCAUAGCCCAAGUUUUGUUCCAGGAGUCGCACGGUCAUGCAGGACAACCCCGACAUUCGAAGUACGUUGCCGGAACCAUCGUCUGUUCUUUUCUUGCUGUGCUCCUGGCCAUUGCAAUCGUGUACGUGUGGAGACGACCGUGGGCGAAGCCAGGCCCGACGCCAUACCAGCGAAUGAGUUCCUUGGAGCAAGACGACGACGACAUACUAUUUAUGAAGACGGAGCCGACCAAGAGCCUAUGAAGCACAACCGAGUUAUCCCUUCUCGGACACAUGUGAUACUCAUUUCGGCACUGAGCAAUCCUACUUUCGACAGGGUUAUACAUAAUGUUUUAUAUUCGUGUGUACAGCAGUUGUGCGCACGGUUUCGAAACUGAACAAUUCGUGACUUGAAAUGAAAGCAGUCAGGCUGUGAUCCUCCUAGCCUAUUUUCUUCUGGCCCAAGACUUAAGCAAGAUGGCGCUCCAGACGGCGAUGACCGACAUGCAGCCCACGCUGACGAUGUAGUAGAGACCAUCGUACGAUCCGCCACUGUCUUUGAAGUAGCCUGUAUAUUUGUGGUGUAAAAUAAGAGAACCGUAUCCUA